CUCAGCUGGCGUUAAGUAACCGCAUGCUUGUGCGUCUGUGCCGCUGCUGUUGACUUGCUUUUAGUAGUUUAUUGCUCGCAAAUUCUCGAAAUCACAUCGACGAAACAUGGCUGUGGCAUCGAGUGAGAUAAGUUAAGAUACGGAUUUACACAUCGUCAGUUUCUACCAGUGAGCGAGCAAAAACGAGCAAACAGGAAGAAAUCGAAAGAUUAGGCGCGACUGAAGACACCGUGCAUGGCUCGAUUCGCGAUCGCAUAAAAAGCCCGCGGGAUAAAUGAGGAAAUGUAUUCGCUCAGUCGACGCGUGCUUAUCAUGUUGAGUGGAAGUGUGCUUAUAUCGUUACUAGUCGCGCUCAUAGUGUAUGACGUUUACGGUGCUCCACCGUCGCAGGCAAUCAACAGUAUUACCGUUGCAGAACGGUCCGAAGAACUGCCCUGCGAUCAGGAUGGUUUGGACUGUGAUGUAGGUCGCGCCGCUAGGGACUACGCACUGAAGCAGGUACACGUGAUUUUCCGCCAUGGACAGCGUACCCCGGCUGACACGUAUCCCAAUGACCCGCUAAUCAACCAAACGUUUGCGCCCUACGGAUGGGGUCAGCUAACGAACUACGGUAAAAAUACUCACUACGAAAUUGGUUCCUACCUGAGACGUCGCUAUGGGCAUUUUCUUGGAAGGUUAUACUCACCGGACAAAAUUCACGCGCAAAGCACCGGUGUCUCGCGAACUCAAAUGUCUCUAGAGCUGGUGCUAGCGUCGUUGUAUCCACCUCAAGGAACUGCGCUGGAGUGGAAUCACGAUCUCAACUGGCAACCAAUUCCGUACAUCAGCGAACCACUGGAUCAAGACACGUUGUUGUUGGUACGAAAGUCUUGCCCACGUUACCAUGAAACUCUAAAUGCUGUAUUAGAGAGUGAAGAAAUUCAGCAACUGAUGAGUGAUAAUCAGAACUUAUUCGAUAAUUUAACCAAAAUCACCGGAAUGGACGUCAAAACACCAGACGAUGUUCAAUCCCUGUACAGCACUCUCAAGGCUGAGUCUGAGUUUGGUUUACCUCUGCCGGAGUGGACUCUAGAGUACUAUCCGACUAAGCUUCUUCCGCUUACUCGACUAAGCUAUAUCCUGAAUGUGUACAACAAUGAACUGAUAAAGCUAAAAGGAGGACCCUUCUUGAAAAAAACUAUCUCGGAAUGGGACGCGGUGAUAGCCGACGAAUUCAACCCGCGUAACAAAAAAAUGUUCGUUUACGCCGGCCACGAUUCGACGGUUGUGAAUAUUCUGUCAGCGUUCAACGUGUGGCAAGAGCAACUUCCGAACUAUGCGAUUAUGGCAUUGUUUGAGUUACACAAAAACCGACGCACGGGGGAGUUCGCGGUUCGACUGUACCAGAAAAACGUCGGAGAACAAUUGAGUUCUCUACAAAUUCCCGGAUGCGAAAAGUACUGUCCCGUUGAACGACUGAAGUCCCUCCUUAGCGGCCAUAUACCGGCUGACAUGAGCCAGGAAUGUAAAGCGCACACGGCCGGUUUCGAGGAGCCACCACCUAGAGGGCCAUGAAUCUCCCAGUAAGAUUUUAUCAUAUGAGCAAAAUCAUUUCAAAUCGCCUGGAAAUACGCGAAAAUUUAAUCGACCAUUUUUGAUUUGAAUGAAACUUUGCACACGUAUUUGGCUUAGCAAACUUAAGCCUGUAGUACACUCUUUGUCUAAUGGUCAAAUAUUUGACCUUCUGACAAAAUGGUCAAAUUUAUUUGACAUCAUGGUUGUUGUUUGCCCGUGUUUGACCCAUGUUAAAAUUGGAGAGUGGCAAACAAUUAUAUUUGACCAAAUUUUUAUCUGUCAAAAAGUGCCAAACAUUUGACGCUUGGUCAAAGAGUGUAAUACAGGCUUUAGCAUUUUUCACAGGUGGAGAGAUUUUUUACACCCAUGAGUUACAUUCUAAAAGGGCGUAUGCCUUUUGGCAUAGGUUUUAUUCAAAGCAUUGUAGCCCAGAAACCGUUGGUUGUAUAGAAAAACUGUCUGAGAAUGAGUUGCAGGGAAUUAAAAAUGCAUCAUAAAAAAAAAUAUACACUGUACAAAAAAAAUUUUUUGACCAAAAAAAAUUAAUAGUAUACAUUAAAUUUCAAUUUAAAAAAAAACAGUUGAAUUUUUUUUUAAUUUUUUUUUGAAGAAACUUGACGUUAAUACGCAACUUUUAAAAUAAUCCAGGAUGGAGAAAUGAAAAGUAUUUUUUUAUGGUAAAUUAAUUUUUUUAUGAAAAUUCUAAUUCAAACAUUUUUCAAAAUAUUUGUAUUCUGAUGAUUUUAAAAGAUGCAGAGAGUCAUUUUAAAUCAAAAAGCUCUUGGUAGUAACAUUCUGAAGGCAUUGGUUUUCGAGUUAUUUCUAAUUCAAGCUCGAACAAUUAUUAAAAUUUAGGAAAAUACACGUUUUUCUUAAUUUGUCCAUGGUUCUCCAGCAAAAACCAUACAUUCAUUGGAAUGCUUGAUCAAAAAUAUACAAUUCAUUCUUUGACAACAAAACGAUUGGGCGAACGGUUCUCAAGAAAAGAGUUAAAUGUUCUAAGUGAUAUAAAUAUAUAUAAGAAUCAAAUAUUUAUUUUCGAGUUUCAUUAUCUUAGGAACAUAUUUUUUUAUGACAUAGAUACUUUACAGAACUAGUUUCACCUUAUAUUUUAUAUACAUCAUAAGUAAAUGAUUCGUCAUCUUUUGAAAACAGCUUCGUUUGUAUCUUAUUUUCUGUUACUCCUUGUUCAUAUUCUUCAUAUGAUACCCAACUAAAUGACAUUUUUGAUGAAUUUUCAUUACUUUUCUGAUUAGCCCAAUCAUACAAUUCUUUUGCGCUUGUAAUGGGAUGUUCAUGUUCUUUAGCUAAACUUGCAUUUCUUGCCAUUCGUUUCAAUGUGCCACCAAUUGCAUCGCAUGGGCCUUUACCAUGAGAAGUCGCGAAAAAUGCCACUCUGCAUCGACGUUAUAUCUUGUUUUGAACUUGCAAAGUUUUUUCUAUUUUUAUAUUGUGAGGCAGCUCCAUCAGGCAUUAAUAUCGCUUCUUUCAACUCUAUUGUUGUUUUCAAAAAACUCAUUAAUUUGGCAAUGAACACCUGAACCGCAACAGUAUCAUGAUGGAGUACUUUCGAUAUUAUGAUGAAGCUGAUAUUCUUAAGUUUUCCAGAUUCUGCACACUUAAAAAAUUUCGCCGAAUCUCGGCAUUGUUUGUGCCGAGAUUUGGACAGCCGAGUGCUCGGCAACCAUCUCGGCUGAAUCUCUUUUGCCGAGAAUCUCGGAAAACCAAUAUUUGACAGAUGUCAUUUUAUGCCGAGAAUCGCGGUACACAAUUGACUGUACUCUCGGCAAAUCCAACCGAGAAGCGGCAAACCAGUCCAACGACCUUUCGGUUAUAUAAGCUGAAUGUUCGGCACAGUAAAGAGCCGUUUUUUCAGUGGAAUCCAAUCGCAGAAAAUAGUUUUGCUAUGAAUCAGGUAAGCAAAGUUCUUUCAAAAAAUAAAUUAUAAGCUCGAUGAGUUUUAGUAAGUAAAGAAAUUUAUUUAUACUAAAUCUUGAAUACUUAUCUUUAUCUUGCUCGCCAGUAGGGCAUUGAGCUAAACAUCUAAUCUAAAAUUACGUCUAAUGCCUAUCCCUAAAACAAAUACAAUAUUGUAUUCACACAAUUUGAAACUACACUUUUUGAGUUCCAGCCACUUCCCCCCAAACUGUACUACAUUUUUUUCGGCUACUGGAUUGUAAACACUUGUAAUUUGCACAAAUUUCAGCCAAACUUGUAUCCGAUUCCUGUUUGCUCACCCGUAACACGCAAAAAUUUUCACUAAGAAAAAUGACGGCAACUCGUUCAUGAGAAUGACAGCUGUAUUGCCGAAACACGGCAACGAGUAAAAUUUGUGCCGAGAUACCAGUAAUGUUUUUGCUGACCUCGGCAUCAACAGUGUUUAACGAUAAAUUCGGCAAAAAAUAGAGACGAGAUUCGUCAAGCUUAGUUUUUUGGACGAAGUCUCGGCAAAAUGAUCUGACAACUGUCGGCAACCGGCAUUUUUUUGCUGAAAUACCGGUUGAAUCCAAAGUUGCCGAGUGAACUCGGAUGUUUUUUUGCCGAGCUCGAGAUCCAGUUUUAAGUGUGUGAAUAGUAAACAACGAAGGGAUGAAUGGUGGCUUAACUAUCAUUCCAAUAACUACACGAAUCACAAAUUGAUAAAGACGUGUUAAAAUGAGCUUUACUGUUCAAUACUUUUAAUUUUGCAAUAACGUUUUCGUUUAAUUUGCGUAAGCUUGAUGAGCAUCGAUGAUCAGAAAAGAGUUUACAGCACUUGGGCUUGGUGUAUUCCAUUUUCACUUCAUUCAUCUUCAUAACUUCUGGAGAAGUGCAAUCGUAUUUAUACACGGAAACAGAUAUUAUGGGUUACCCAGGAGGUAGGUAGCUUACUUUACAAACAGUUGUUAUUAGUAAACAAGUAGGUAGUGUUGCACGACAAACAUACGUGUAGGUAAGCUAAGGUACAGCGCCUGAGUUAUUUAUCCAAUCGUUUUGUUGUCAAAGAAUGAACUGUAUAUUUUUGAUCAAGCUUUCCAAUGAACGUAUAGUUUUUGCUGGAGAACCACGGACAAAUUAAGAAAAACGUGUAUUUUCAUAAAUAUUAAUAACUUUUCGAACUCUAAUUUAAAAUAACUCGAAAACCGAUGCCUUUAGAAUGUUAACUACCAAGAGCUUUUUGAUUCAAAACAACUUUCUGCAUCUUUUAAAAUCAUCAUAAUACAAAUAUUCUGAAAAAUAUUUGAAUUAGAAUUUUUAUAAAAAAUAAAUCUACCAUAGAAAAAAUAUCUUUCAUUUCUCCAUCCUGGACUUUUUUUUUAAAAUGUUGCGUAUUAACGUCAAGUUUCUUUAAAAAAAAAUUCAACUCUUUUUUUUUAAAUUGAAAUUUAAUAUUUAUUUUUAAUUUUUUUUUGGUCAAAAAAAAUUUUUUUUGUACAGUGUAUAUUUUGUUUAUGAUGCAUUUUUAAUUCCCUGUAACUCAUUCUCAGACAGUUUUUCUAUACAACCAACGGUUUCUGGGCUACAAUGCUUCGAAUAACACCUGUGCCAAAAGGCAUACGCCCUUUUAGAAUGUAACUCAUGGGUUGGGUGUAAAAAAUCGCUUCAUCUGUGGAAAAUGCUCAGUUUGCUGAGCCAAAUACGUGUGAAAAGUUUCAUUCAAAUAAAAAAUGGUUGAUAUUCGACCUUUGGUGAUUUGGCGCGAUCUUGCUCAUAUGUGAUCUUCGUAGAGUUUGAAAUUAGUUUUUACGAAUAAACAGCAGUGUGAUAACUGUAUAAAAAACA